AUGGAUGAUGAAAAUGCCGAAGACGAACCUGCUGAAACACCAGAAGAUCACUGGAAACGUAACAAUCGGUUUGAGAAAAACCAACCCUUGCUCCAAGCUUUUUCGUUGUUUGCCCCAAGCCGUUUCCCACAACUUGUGAAGAAUUUCAAAACCGCACAUAAUCUUCAAGCGUGCCUUAACACCUUUUGUGAAACGUACAGUAUAGAUGCGUUUAGAUGUGCUGACGAAUUGUUCAAUUUUGCUCGUUCUUUAGAGAAAUUCGACUGUUCAAUUGUCUGCCAGCAAGAAUAUGAUGAUGAUGACAGCGAAGACGGCGAGGACAACGAUGGUUAUGAUGACGAUGACGGCGAGGACAACGAUGGUUAUGAUGAUGAUGACGAGGACGACGACGAAAUCUCAAGCACGUCAGAUAAUGAGCAGAGCGACAGCGGCGGCAAGAAAGCUGAAAAACAAACGAAGAAAAAAGUUCCAUCUUUCUCUGAAGCUCUUUUACUCCUUUGUAACCCAGAUUAUAGUUUGGUUGAUACGUAUCCAACUCUCUGUCGCGUUUAUGCUAUUGCUGUGGCCAUCCCAGUUAGUUCGUCGACUGCAGAGCGUUCGUUUUCUGCACUCAAGAGGGUGAAGACUCGCAUUCGCUCAUCCAUGGUUUAGGAGAGACUUGAAUCAUUGCUUUCAAUGUCAAUCGAGCGUAAAAUUUUGCUCAAAUGCGAUAAAGAACAUCUCAUUAACUUGUACGCAGGGCUUUCUCCCGAACUGUCAAAAGUUCUACUUUGACUUGCAUUUGGUUCAUUGGUUGUCUUUUAAAACUGUACAUGUGAUAUUAUCAUUAUUAUGCUCAAUUUGCAUAAACUAUAGCUUAUAGUCUAUACGUUAUUGACAUUUGACCUGGAACAAAAUUAUGUUGCUUCUCUCAUUAUUGGCAUAUGACAAUAAAAAUUGUAUUACAGUAAAAAUUGUAUUAUAGUAUAAUUAUAUCCGUUGAUAAUAUGCUACAACAAAACCUGACUAACAUUGUUUUAGAUUGGUACUUGGUGGAAAACUGUUUCACAAAUGUGUUUUCAGAAUGCUGGAAAUGCCAUUUCACAGACUUAGAUUUUAAAAAAAUUUCUGGAAGAGCAAUCCCCCAGACCCUUCUAGGUCCCUCGUGCCUAUGACACUUGAUGUGUAAACUCGCACUAAUUUUCGGGAGGCUGGGGGGGGCAAAAAUCGAGAUAACUCUUAGGGGUGACAAAUUUAAUACUGGCCCCCCCUUGAAAUUUUCGAGCCACCACGCCACUGUUGGUAAAGACAAAUUGGUCAAAGAGACAAAUAACUCUUGAAGUUAUUGUAUUAAACACAUUACCACAUUGGACUAGUUAAUUAAGCUAUAAAAAUGUUGUGUUUCUAAUAAAUUAUUGUAUGGGAGUAUCUGGUUAUUAUCCAGUAUCCGGUUAUUAACCGGUCAUCAUUUUCUCCUGACCACUAUCCGGUAGACUACUAUCCGGUAAAACCGUAUCUGACACAUCCCUAAUACUUUAUCUUGCACAUACUGAGUUUGAGAUAGUGUUCCACCAUGGCACCAUGGAUAGCAUCACACCGGUACAGAAUACUAUACAGAAGUCCAUCUUCAUUGUUUUUGUGUGACAGCUAUUCGUAAUGAUUCGUCACUCAACAAGUACCGUAAACAGAAGCAGUCACCCCCCUGGACAUACACCAUUUUGAGUAUUUCCAGGGGGGUAUGCUUCUGUUUACGGUACUUGCCGAGUGAAGAAUUAUGACGAAUAGCGCUUUCGCAAAAAACAAUGGAGAUGGACUUCUGUAUAGUAUUCUGUGACCCCAGACACUAUCCGCCAGCUAGCUAGCCUGCGUAACAGGUGUUUAGUGUGGGCGGGAGAAGAGAGGCUUUUCUCCCGCCCGCACUAUUAAACACCUGCUAUGCAGGGUACUAGCUAGCAGAUAGCAUGUCCCCAUAUAUAGUGAACGAAAAAUGCUCAGAUUUAUAAGGAUUCUUGUCAAAUUCUGUUUUUAUUAAUAGUAAAUAUAUAGAAACAUCAAAACUGCGCGGCCGAUAUCUCCGGAUUCUCCGCCGGACCGCGCGAUACAAACUUUCGACACAGACCACACUGGCACACUGGCCACUGGGCAGCAAACACACGUCUAUAUUUCCAGUAUAAGUCCAUUUUAACUUCGCCUAUAUUACCUUAACAGCUCUACCCCAUCUUGCUUCUCUAUACUUUGGUCUUGAUGGACAUAGUGACGAUUGUUUGUGAUGAUCCUUCUCUUCUGCCUCAUUUCUGGCGGCCAUAUUGGAAACCACUAUAUUUCUUUAUUAGAUGAAGUAUACCUUUAUAAAGAGCACAUGAUUGAUCAAAACAAAAGAACAAAGGUCAAAGGAUAGCCGGAUAGGUUAAAAGAAAUCGCGACUUUAUUCAAUAAAAUCUCAAAUUAUCGUUCAUAAAAUAGAUUCUCUAUCAUGGGUAGGAAGAAACAAGACACAUCGAGAAAUAAUCAUGUGCAAAAUCUUUCUGCAAAACCAUCGAAACUUAAGUCAAAAAAGAAGGAUCCAGAUGAAUGGAAACCUUUUGGAAACCAUGGUAGCGGCUAUAUAGCAUUGGUGUUUCUACUGGGUAAGUGAUGUAUUACUCAGUAUUAGGGUAUGUGAGUUGUGAUUAUAUAAAACCUAUAUAUAAAUCAUGGUGGUGAUUUAUUGAUUUAUUUUUCCUUCUAGCUGCAAUUGCUGGAAUCCUUCACAGGUGAAAUUUCUUUUAUAAAUAUUCUGGACUACGUUUUUCUUAAUACCAACUACCAAGCCCAAUUAGAUAUUGAAUAUGUCAAAUAACAUAGUACAUAGUGCUGAAAUCAUGGUUGCAGUAAGGGGAUAGGCCAUUUGGUCUUACCAAACUCCUCAGCAUUUACCAAACUCUCGCUCGAUAAGGGGCCACGUCCAUAUUCACGUUAAUUUGCCAUGCAUAACAUCGAAUCGACGUUAUGACCAGUAUACCCACCCACCUCAGAUAACGUUGAUUGUUACCCUGUUGUAUUUUGAGUGCUAAAAGAGCUCAAAAUCAAAAUGGCAACUGAAAUAUGGUAUAUAAUCAAUCAAUUUAUCUCAGAAAUGCAUUAAAAUGCUGAGGCUUCAAUUCAAAGUUAUUGACUAAAUUGUACUUGCCUUCGUUGGCACCAAUUACUGUAGGCUCUUUAUUAUAAAAUAUGAGAAGUUUUAUUGCAGAAAAAUGUCGCGAUUCGCGAACACAAAUUGACCGGUAUUUGACACGAAAAAAACGUCGCUUCAAUACUUCGACCUUUAUUUUGACCUCUAUUAGUUGAAAAUAAUAUAAUACUGGCAAAAGUUGCACUUGCAAACAUUAAAGUAUUAGUGUCAGGGUCAUGCAUUGCAGGCUUUUAUUAUUGUUUACAUUUUACUCAAAUACAACAAAUAGCGAUAAAAAUACCUUGUUUGGUACAUUUCUGAUAAGAAUCAGACAAAAAGAGCAAGGAUUAUAAAAGGAUGGUUUAAAUAUAUUAGAAUGCUGUUUUUAAGGGUUUGUAAUCCAAGUGAGUAUAUAUACACUUUAAGACCUGACCAGGAACGACUGCGAAAAAUGCAGCACAAGGUCCUCUGGUAGGAAUUGAACCUAGCCCUGCGAUUUUUCGCAGUCAUUCCUGGUCAGGUCUUAAAGUGUAUAUAUACUCACUUGGAUUACAAACCCUUAAAAACAGCAUUCUAAUAUUAAUUCCACCAAUUAAGUGAAGUGCAAGCAAUCAGAUUUUGGUUUAAAUUUAUGAUUGUAAACACUUUCCAGAUCAUCUAGUCUAUUUGUCCCGAAAAAUGGCCGCCAACAGGAGUUUGAGCCCGCAAAUUCCUGGUGUGACACUAAUCCUUUAAAUAUUUAAACUUCUGUCUGUUCGGAUUUAAAUAGUCAAAUUGCCACGAGAUAAUGUCAAGGAGUUGAUGUAAAAACCCACCCACCCAUAACGUCGAUUCGACGUUAUGUGUGGCAACAUGAAUAUGGACCUGGCCCCUAAACCGUUAUAUUGAGUGCGGAGGAGGCUAAUAGUUUGGAGCCUCCAAGUUUUGCAACCAGCAUUGAGAUUGGACAAUUUUUCACAUGUCAAACUUUUGAUGACAUGGGAUGUAACCGGAGGCGUAGCCAGGAUUUUUGGUCAGGGGGGGCAGCAAAAACUUAGGUGGGGCCAGGUUUUACUUUACCAGGGGGGGGGGGCACAAUUUUACCAGGGGAUGUAAUUUUGCAAUUUAUAAUUUCGGUUUAAGUGACUCAACAUGGAAGAGAAAAUGACUGUUGCAAAAGACAAAGUUACACCCCAUGUCAUCACUAUUUUGAGCCUUUUGACAUAUGUGAAACAUAAAAUCACAACAUUGGUUGCAAAGCUCAGAAACAACUUUUUACCACAGCUUGGGGUAAUGCUUGAAUGCAAACGGUAACACCAAAAGAGAAACAGAUUUAAAACAUUAGCAUACAUAUAGAAAAUAAAUAAGUAAUCAUAUGGUACAAUACUUUGUAUGGGUUCUUGGUGAUUCAAAAAAGUUUUCAUUGUUAAAAAAUUAGUUAAGAAGUUUCUGAUUUAGAUUUUUUAGAGACAUAACAGUUCAAAUUAAGUGAAUGUUUAUGAAAAAGAAUUGCAAUUGAGGAACAUAUUUCAUUUCAUGUUACAAUAAAACCAGAUUUUAUUGAUAUAAAUAUUAUUGUUGUUGCUUGUUGUGCUACUGACAGUACCCAUAAAUGACGACAUUAUGCAGAAAACUGUCAAGAUGUCAAUGCUUCUCGAUCAUAUACAAUUUUGUUGUAGAACUGGGUUCCGGGUAGCUCAACUUUUUUGUCUAGUAAAUAAAUACAUCUAGAGGUACAGUAUAAGUCAUUAACUAACAUUGUACGCUCUAUUCAAAUCACCGAAAACCCAUUUAAAUUUUAAUUCAAGACAGCUCAUUAAACAAUUUUAUAUUGUGAUUAUAUUGUAGUGCCCAUGUUUCUCGGAUGUUUGAAAAUGAAAGAUUUUUCUCCCACCUUUCAACACUGGAAAGAGAACUUUCCUUUAGAACUGAAAUGGUUUGUAAUUAUUGCAUUAACCAGCACUCACUCUUAAAUCUCUUUCUAUUAACUAUGCUUAAAUGCAUGCAGAUACUGAUGAGGGCAAAUCACUGAUUUAAAUGAUGUAAACCUUCAGAAAAAUCACCCCAAACAAAAAUAGAACAAAAGAAGUGAAAAAAAAACAAUGCCAAAAAGAUAUUAAAACUUAAUUAAAUAACUUAUCUUGAACUCAGUUAAUUAAUUAACAGAAGAUAUAAUAAUACUUGCCUAUGCUGUAGACCUAAAAACUGUAGGCUAAAGAUGUACAGUACUAUAUAGAGCUUGAAAAUAUUGCAGGUGAAACCAGGAUUCAUAGUUAAUUUGUAAACGUUCUCUGAGUUUUCGAAGUCCUGCCAGUCUACAGUCUUCGACGGGUAGAUUAAUAAUGCGCUAGUGAUAUAAAAUUGCACUGUGAUUACAGAAAAUUGCACUGCUGUUUGAGAUUAACUGCACUGAAAUCAACCAAUCACAGUCGAGUAAUAUCUUUAUGUAUAUUAUUAGAUAUAUAAUAGCGGUUUACAAUCACAAUUACUGACACAAAAUACAACUACUGACAGUUCCGCCUAGUAGGUAUUAGAUUGGUGACUAAUUAUAUAUUGUGCAGAAUUUAAAGUUUUUUGAGCAAAAAUCGGUAUUGUUCUGGCAAAUGUUAUGAGUUGUUAUCAGUGUCUUUCGUGCAUGCAGUGUGCCAAGACUCUAAUGUCGCUAUAUGUCGAUAGUUGCCUUAAAGCACAGAGUAGAGACAUACAGAGACGUAACUAGUGUACCCACUUUUUUUGUGCGCAUGCUCGGCAAGUUACUAGAUGCAUGCAUCUGAUUGGAUGACGACCUGAUGACGACUCACUUUAAACUUGCUGAGCACGCGCAGUUGAUCAUUUUUCGCCCGGUCGCCUGAAAAAAAGUGGGUGCAUGAUAACGUAAUCUUCCGCAGUGUUUACAACGGUCAGUUACGUCUCUGUAUGUCUUAUCUACUCUGUGCUUAAAGUAAGUUUACUUUAGUUUGUCAAUUAUUUUUCCGUUUUUAAAAUCCAUUCUGUCGUCGUUUGCCCACGCAUGUUUUGCGAUAUUAGAGCCCUGCCUGUCUCGCCAAUGUAACUCCACGAGCAAUCUGAACAGUUGAUCUGGUAGACUACGUUCGUCUGAUUCUCAGGUAGUGGUCGGUCUUUUGCUGAGGGAAACAUUUGUUCUAGUGUGCGUAGAGGUUUCGUAUAGUUACUCGGAUGUCGUGCGGUUCAAGAAUGCGUCUCAGUGGCUCUGUUAGUCCUUUGAUGUACGAUAGGACGGCGUAACUGCGAUUGGUCUUCGGUUCCACUAAGUCAAAAAACGAUCGUACUAGUUGUUCGAGUGGCGGCGUUCUGUUCUCAAACAUGACACGCUUCUGUUCAACUUGUGUCAUGUUCUUCGCCACCCGGAGAACUAUAGUACGAUCGUCUUUUUGACUUAGUGAAACCGAAGACCAAUCGCAGUAUACGCCGUCCUACCGUACCGGUGCAUCAAAGGACUAACAGAACCACUGAAACGCAUUCUAAAACCUCUUACCUCACGACAUCCGAGUAACUACGAAACCUCUCCACACACUAGAACAAAUGUUUCCCUCAGCAAAAGACCGACCACUAUCUGAGAAUCAGACGAACAUAGCCGGUCUACCAGAUCAAUUGUUCAGAUUGCUCGCGGAGUUACAUUGGCGAGACAGGCAGGGCCUUCAAAACAAGAAGAAAAGAGCACGAACGAAACGUGGAAAAUGCAAGAGUGGCUCUAAUAUCGCAAACCAUGCGUGGGCAAACGACCACAGAAUUGAUUUUAAAAACGGAAAAGUAAUUGACAAGCUUUAGGGCAACUAUCGACAUACAUCGACAUUAGAGUCUUGGCACACUGCAUGCUGCCAGAACAAUAUCGCUCUUUGCUAAAAAAAACUUUAAAUUAAAUUCUGCACACAUAUAUAAUUAGUCACCAAUCUUAUACGUAGGCGGAACUGUCAGUAAUUGUCUUUUGUGUCAGUAAAUGUAAUUGUAAACCGAUAUUAUAUAGCAGCAGAUUGCCAGUCGAAAGCUUGUAACAAAUAAAUAUUUUUAACCAGAGAACGUGUACACAAUUAACUAUAUAGAGCGUUUGCACUCAUUCCCAGGGACCAACUCAACAAAAGCAAUGGCGCCCAUGUUGGUGUUCCAAGUGUUCCAGACAAUAGAGUCUAAUUAAAAUUAUUUUGAAUUGGAACACCAACAUGGCAGCUGUGACGUCAUGUGCAAACGCUCUAUACUGGUACUUUAAAUUUUAGAAUCCACUGUCAAUGAUACUUUUCCUUUUAAAAGUACACAACAGCCACUGAAUUAGCCUUUUCCCAAAAGAGAUCACACAGUGCAUUCUGGGAUCGUUUGGAGGGUCAAAAUAUAUGGUGACAGGCGGCAAAUAUGUGAAAGAGUAGACGUAUCUACUAUCAAACACCAACUUUAUAGACCACCUAAAAUGAAAUAUCUCCUUUUUACAUUAAACAUUUAAUUUAAAUGUAUGCUGCCAUAUUUCUUGUCCCUCCAACAUGGGAUUCCCGUAACUAGACCCAGGACUUUGGGAAAUGGCUAAUUACCCAUUGUCACCCCAGUUACUAUAUACUGUAAAGUACAAAUGAUAUUGAACGUUUCUUUUCUAUAAUAUAGGGUCUGUAUUAUUCGUACUAUAAAACCAUUGUUGAAGCGCCAACAUUCUGGAGUGGUGUACAUGCGAUUAUGAAUUGUAAUAUUACAGAAUAUCCUCAAACAACAAACACUCUAAAAAGGUUUAAUUUAUACCCUGAAGUAAGUGAAGUAUUUAUCGGUACAUUACCAUACUAAUCAGUAAUGGCUUGUAUUUAGUGGACUUUAACUGUAUGAAAAUGUUCGAAAUUAUGGAGCAUAUUAGGUCGAUGUACAGUAUAUAUGGGCAGUUGGCGUAUGGCGUAGAUAUUACAUAAAUUGAUGACUUCAUGAAUUAAUGACUGCACCAAUUACGUCACAUAUCUUGUUUUGGCCUGGAAGCCUCGCUCUCAUGAAUUGUGAGCCAAUCACCGUUCAUCUUGAAACAUGAGAAUGAAGCUCCCAGGCCAAGAUGAGAUACGUGAUGUAAUUAUGGAAAGGGUCUAUUGACUUUUAGCAUGAUGCUGCAUUCUCUGUAACCUCUAUAUAUUGUAAUUUAGGGAUACUGUAGGUAACAAGGUCUCUACAUGCGUUAGGUAUUCUGUAUGGUGUACUAUUCUCCAUUAUAUCACAGGCAUCCCAUGCUCACAUGUGGUUGUGGUAUAUUUGUAUUUUUAUAUUAGCUUACUAUGACAGAAUAUAUUUUGUCAAAAAAUGUUAAAAUAUUGAAUUAAAUUGAGAAAUAAGGUUGCUUACCACUACUACGAUGUGUAAUCUGUAAAAUCAAGACGUUUCUGGGUUGAUUUGGGGUGAUUCAAUCCCCUACAUGGUGCCGGGCUGGCCCGGUUAACCGGACUGACUCGUUUGUUUAGGACCUUACUGUGGUUUUAAAACUCGUGUAAAAUAAAUUUGCGAUAAAUAAUUGGUUUAGUAUAGAUGCAAAAUCAUCCUAAACCUGAUUCAAAACUCAUUUUGCGGCCGAAGGAUUUUCGUGACAUUUUUCAGCCCGGUUAACCGGGCUGACCCGGUCCAUGUAAUCAGCCCAGGCUAAGUCGACGUAUCAAGCUUGUUCAAUUCUACAGUAUACCUUUAUGGAAUUAUACGUAAUCACUUUUGUUGUCUGCAUGGUUUACAAAUAUGAAAUUAUUGACAGUGCAGUUUACCUUAUAGGUCCUAUUAGCAGCUGGAUAUCGAUUUUAUAUUUGGGCGGCAAAUCAGUUACAAAUUCAAACAAAAAUAUGUUAUCAAGUGAACAGGGGCCAUAAUCUACCGCCUGUUGAGAGUUGUGAAGGUACAUGUAAUUGAUCAUUUGAACUAUAAGGCAUUAGCUCAAAAUCGUAACGUAAUCUACUGUAUAUAGUGGCACAUGAAGUGCUACCUAGUCUUAAAGCACUCCACGUCUAAAGUUAAUACUUGUUACCUUUUAUUUGCAUGAAAAAUAAUACUGAAUUCUUAUUGGUAGAGAAGCAUAAAAUAAGCAAUUAAUGCCAAUAUACGUUGCUAAUUUCCUCUUGAGUUGCUGCAUUAACAAGUAAUAUACAGUAUACAUGAAGAAUAUAGCACAGGGUAAACUAUCACUAGAACUUUUUUCCAAUAUCCUUACUAUGGAAAUAUUAUGGAUCUUUGAAAAUAGUUGUAUAAAAUAGUAGGGAAACCAAUUUUCAUCCUAAUUGCAAUUUCCGUAUAGUAUGGAUCUAGUGAUGGAAAUAGUAUCAUAAUGGAUAUACUGUGCUAUGGAAUUAGUGAUGCAGUCGCAAAUUCCAUACCAUGGAUUUCACUAUUUUUUCCAGUGCAUCAUAUUGCGAAUAUUACAUAGUUUGCAUUGCCAUCCAGCAAAUUUGGGAUUGAUUUUUUUUUCAACAAGGAAUGGGCGAAUUGUCGUACUUUUAUGUCUAUCCAAUAUUUUACCUCAGUGGAAUUACAAUGUCUUGUUUCUUUCUACUAUGUUUUUAUUUGAGGUAAGUGCAUCUGUACGCGAGAACGUUUUAACUGUUUUUAUGUGCUUGCGGUGAUCUUUUAUCGCUUUGCAAAUAUUAAUUUCUAAUGUGUAAUUUCUACUAGCCCCUCCCUGACCUUGCAAUCCAAAAUUUGCUACGCAGCCCCUGAUAUUGGUGCUGAUGUUUGCACCAUAUAUAGAGCAUCUUAUCAAUAACACGGUUUUCGCUUGUCAUUUUGCAGUGGUAGCAUAUGGGGAGGAAUUAUUGGAACUGCUUCGUAUUUUUUCAACCAUGGUGAGGUAAUUAAUGAUAUAUCUUGUUAAUUUUCCAUUAUGUUAAAGGUGUAUCCAACUGUCUUUAUACUGUAUAGAGCUUGCUUUCGUUGGUAGUGAUGCAACUAGCUGAAAAAUAUAUUAAGGUCUAAGGAGAAUUUAGACGUUUCGAGCGAAGGCCCUAACGAACUCCAGACGAAAGUCGAAAUUCUCCAUAUAUUUUUCAGCUAGUUGCAUCCCUGCCAACGAAAACUUUUUAUUAUUAUUGGCACUAUACCUACAUUGAGACAGACACUUCAAAAUAAUGUAUAUACAGUAGCUUUGUCAAUCAUGUAGCAUGUAUAAACAAAGACAAAGUGCAAUUUGUUUCAUCGGAAACGAAAUUGUAUACAUUCGAUCAUUCUUGACAUGUUUCCUCUCUAUGUAGCAGCGAAAACUGCAGGCACGAUAACUCAUUAGGUUUUAAUAUAAUUUCAUAUUCUUUACUUUUGUUUUCUAUUUCAAUUACUUUUAGAAUAACAAAACAAAAGCAAUUCUCCCUUCCCUCCAUACACACACACAAAAUCAUUUUGCUUUAUGAUGUGUACUGUUUCGUGCUUUGGAUCCUCCAAUACCACAUUUAAUGGUCACCAGAAUUUUAGGGCAUCGGGGGGUUUUCUGCUGUCAUCUCACAAUAGCCUGCGUAGUGGCUCUACUCUCACGAUGAGUCAAUGACGCCUACUCUGUUUUCAAGCAUAAAUAAUUUAUCCCGGGGUUAACUUUAUUUCUUUCAUAUUAGGCAACUCGUGUAAUGUGGACGCCCCCUUUACGUGAGAGUUUUUCAUUUCCACUGCUUGUUGUUCAACUGUUGUCAAUAACUAUUGUCUUGAAGUAAGUGUUAUUUGCAACCUUUACAUCCGACUUUACGCUAAGUUUACCAUUUCGACACUGACCCCAAACACCUCGACCUGAACUUUCAAAUUAGCUUUCACCUUUAGAAGCUUCCGAGGUUAACUUUACGUUCCGACUUCUGACAUUAACUGAAUUAACUCCAAGGCUCUGUCCUUCAGACAUGAACAUUUCCAUUCUGAAGUUACAGGUAGCUUUACACCUUUACCAUCUAAAUUUGAGGACAGGACUUUAAGUUAAACUUGAUUAUUGAAACAGUUUGAAAGCUUAGUUGCUUCCACCGUCGGCUUCAAAUCGCCGGUUGGCUUGUUUAGUCGUGCUCAGUAAUCUGUAAUUUUUGUGAUCGGCUCAUCUCUAGUGUAAAAGACAAGAUGGAGCUACACUGUAAUUUGUAUCUUCAUCGGUGGGUUGGGGGCAUUUUCCCCUGGGCCCGAAACGCGAAGCGUUGAGGUCAAUUCCUCGCCCUAUUGACCGACACUGAGGUGAAUAAUUGUUUUAGCAUAUACCAUAGCAAACCAAAAAUGACCAUAACAAAAUAGAAAAGACUAAAAAACAACGAAAAUCCUUUUUAAAACAAUUUGUAUUACAGCUUCCCUUAUAGUUGUAAACAGAACAGUAUUUAUAUGCUUUUAGUACUUUUAUUCAUUAGCAACCUGAACUGUAGCUUCGUUUGGUACAAAAAUAUUCUCGUCUGCAACCGGAACAGGGGCCCCUGGGAAAUUUGUGCCCGGGCCCCACUCGGCGGCCCUGUCUGUGACCAGUACUUGGCCACAACAGCCGCAACCACUUCUGUAUCAAGGUGUAUGUCUAGGCCAUACACUAGUAAAUAAAUGAAAACUCAGUAACUAGUUUUCAAAUCAUUGACACUUUGUUAUUUCUUUAGGCAUCCUAAACCAAACUGGUAUCAUACCAGUUUAGUAUUUAUUACGACUCUUGGUUUUAUGUUGCCGUGGCAGGUAUGAUUAGAAUACCAAAUCAAUUCUCGUUAUAAUAAGUGAAUGUUAGGGUUUGUAAUCCAAGUGAGACUGCGAAAAAUGCAGCACAAGGUUCUCUGGUAGGAAUUGAACCUACGGCCCUGCGAUUCCGGUGCAGCGCUCUAACCAACUGAGCUAUAUAUAGGUAAUCGGGUGCGCGGGUUGUUAUAAGGUGGACUUCAAUGAGGGAUUCUUGCACUUCACUUGGUGGAAUUAAUAUUAGAAUGUUAGGGUUUGUAUGAACUUACGGUUACAGCUUAACAGCUGGCCUCUGUAGCUCAGUUGGUUAGAGCGCUGCACCGGAAUCGCAGGGCCGUAGGUUCAAUUCCUACCAGAGGACCUUGUGCUGCAUUUUUCGCAGUCGUUCCUGGUUAGGUCUUAAAGUGUAUAUAUUCUCACUUGGAUUACAAACCCUAACAUGCUAAUAUUAAUUCUAAUAUUAAUUCCACCAAGUGAAGUGCAAGAAUCCCUCAUUGAAGUCCAUGUUAUAAUAAGUGGCUACCGAAAUGCAUAAAAUGGACACUUCCCGAAUUUGGUGGCUGGCAAAGAAAACUACUUAUUUACAAUGAAUUACAUUGUCCGCCUCGAUUUCAAGCUAUUGUUUCAUGUGCAUUCAAGCAAACUGCCAAGAUAUUGUCUGAACUAUAUCAAGCUCACGUCAGCUUACGUAUUACAAAUGCUACUAUUUUGGUAAACGCUGAUAGCGUAUUCUUUUUUCUAUUUAGUUUGCACAGUUUGCUUUGUUAACGCAGGUAAAUGAAACCUUUAAAAAUAUAUAAAGAAUAAGGCGCUAACCUAUCAGCCUGGGGAUCAAUAUUGGCAAUUGAAAGCUGAAAAUACCUUUUCAUCUAUUGAGGUAUUUUGCCUGUGGUUUGCCGAAAGGUCGUAUACACAUACCAGGGUUCGUGAAUUGGUACAUGUAGAUUUUUUUUCUUCAGACCUGUGCACUUUUUGGUCUUUAUGCUUUAAAGUUUAUAACAGCCAAGAAGAUUUGUUGUAUUUUGUAUGGUCUUUGUGUAAGUAGUUUAACUUUUUGCCUUUGCUGAACAAAUAUAAAGUGGUUAGAAAGUCUUUUAAAAAAUAGCGCUUAUGUAAAUGAAAACUAGUUACUAUUGCCUGUUAUGUAGAUUGCUCAUGUGGCGAAUUACGUCUGUCAAUUUGGAAAUUCCAUGUUGCUCAGGUACGGAGAAAAUAUUUUGAUAUUGGUUAUAUUGAAUGCGAAUAUUAUGCUAUUGUUUCCAGGGGCGUACCAUACUGCGAGGUUGGGGGUUAAGCAACCCCCCCCCCGGUAAAUUUUAUGUAGGGUCUUUAUCAAGCACAUAUGCUUUUGUUUCUGUAGCUUCUUAGCAAAUAGACAAUAGUACUUCACAAUAUAGAAUUUUAAUCAAAUUGAAACACAUUGUAUACCUGUUAGAGAAUAUUUAAAUUUUAACUUACUUUUAAUUUUCCGACUUAGUUAAAACUCGAAGGGAGGAGAUACGUGAACCAACGCCCUUUUCCUCAGUGAAAAUGGUGUGUCGACCCCCUUUCGCAGAAUCUUCACUUUGAUCUCCGCGCACACUGGUUCACACACAAUAACAUUCAGGGGACUGUAUUCUAUCGAUUUAUUUCAUUGGAAAGAUUAUAUAUUUACAACGCGUAUUAAAUUACAGUGGAUCACUAUGACGUAUUUUAUAAGCAAUACUAUAUACAUAUAUUUACAUUAAGUAGCAGAAGCGACUGCUGUGCGGAAAACUGGCGGCACUGCGCUGGGAACUAACAACACCCCCCUCCCCCCAAUUGAAAUGGCGGAGGAACGCCACUUAGAUUGUUUUAAUGCUUAAAAUAUCUGUAUUCUUUAUUUUAGUUCAUUUUUUAUAACAGCUGUCAUUUCAGUAUUGGUACGUUCGUCAUCUCAUUGCAAUAUUUACAUUGGUUAACUAAUGUGGCGUUUGCAUAAUCCAGUGCUUUGUCGAAACGGAUACAAGGCUCGAUCAUUAUGGCGACUUAAAUUAAGUUACUCUAAACAUUUUUCUAGUUAGCCUAGAAAUAACCGUAUUUGGGUUAACGUAACAUUCCUGGUUAAAUUUCCCGGUUAUGUUAACCUUUUUUUCCCACUAUACUUAAUUUGACCAGGAUGUUCCGAUUCAAUUAACCAGACAAUGUUAGAUGGAUAAAUAACCAAGGGCCAUGGUUAUUUAUUCACCUAACAUAGUCUGGUUAUUUUAACAAGGACUUCCUGUUCAAAUAUAACCAAAUUCCUGGUUACAUUAGCCAGACCUUGGUAGGAUGUGAGAUAAAAUAACCAGGAAAUUUGACCAGGAAUAUUAAAUUAACCCAAAUAAUAUUAUUUCUAGGUUAACCACCUAGAUAAUUUUAACCAGAGUGUAUAGAGUGUACUAGUGUAGGUUCAAAUUCAAACAGCAAAUGAAAGAUCAGUUGUUGAGUAGAUCCUAUUUGGACGUUUAAUCUGUCUUUCGUUUACAAUUAUCUGUUGCUAAAAAGUGCAUUAUUUUUUAAUUUCUGUGAAAACGAAUUGAAUCAAGGUUUGCUGUCUUUAACCAAUCAGAAACAAGAUCACUUUCGAUCUUAAAAUGUUAUUUACGUCAUAAUAAUUCUAGCUACUGUACCUAGCCAGCCAGAUCCAGACUACUUGAACUUGUGGAGUAUAUGUCAGAUGGAAGAAAAUGGCUCACAUGGGUUAAAACAGAUUUUUUCUAAUUUUUAGGUGAUUGUCAAGUUGGAACCGUACCUUAAUAAAUUACCAAAUAUUAUUUUAAUAUGGGUAAGAAAUGAUGACUGACAAUUGCCUUUAUUCAAAUUUAUUAUAUAGCAAGUGUCAAAGUUCAAUUUUCCUGUUUGCCGAUUGGUCAAAACCGCACUACGUGUCGGUCCACAAAACGUCAUGUUCACUGUACGCUUUGGUGAGGGGGCAACCGGUCAACAAUUAAACAAUUAUUGACUUGUCAAUAAUAAAACAAGAAUUGAGGCGCAAGUUGUUCGCGUCAACCAACAAGUUCGGUUUAUUACAGUUUCGGAAUACCAGGUGAAUUAUUGAGAUUUUGACACUUGCGGUAUUUGGGCUGCAAAAUACGCUGUUUCUCUCGGUCUCAGUAAAGAAGUGAUAAAUAUUUAAUCUUGUUUCUGUAAUGUUUGCAUGUUACUGAUCUUUUGCAGGCUAUUCAAGGCUCGAUAUUUUUAAUUGGCACUUUUGGAAUAAAGUUUUUGUCAGCAAAGCUCCUGAAUAUCAAAGAUGAU